AAAGUUUAAAUAGUUAGCCAAUAUUUUAAUUAUGAUGAUAUAUAAAUUAGUUAGUUAAACCCUAAACCUCAAUAAUAUUGGGGGCGUGACUUUGCAAAAUUUGAGUUAUCUAAGUAUCCUCUUCCUUCAACCCGAGGAGGAGCAGCGCCACAGGUUUAAAUAGAAAGUUGUUGGGACUUCUAAAAGCCAUUUUUUUUCUACAUCCUGCUUUUAUUUCUCCAUUCAAUGGAAACUAAAUCCUCCGAUUCCUCUACAAACUUUGUAGAUCAAUUAGUGUAUCCUGGAGAUGUGAUUCUUGACCUAUCUAGCAUGACAAAUCAGACUAUUAAGCUUGGAGGCGGUCUACGUCAGGACGGUGAUGUGAUUUCUGUUAUGAAGGCCGGCAGGCUUAGGUUCUCCAAGCCAAAUAAAUAUUGGGUUGAAAGUUCUCAAAAGAGGUAUGUGCCCCGUCCAGAGGAUUCGGUUCUUGGAAUUGUUGUUGACUCCAGAUCAGAUAACUUUCUCGUGGAUAUAAAAGGACCUGAAUUAGCAUUUCUACCGGUGCUUGCAUUUGAAGGAGGAACAAGAAGAAAUAUACCUAAGUUUGAGGUAGGUGCUUUGCUCUAUUUGAGAGUUGUGAAAGCAAACCCUGGAAUGAAUCCUGAGCUGUCAUGUACUGAUGCCAGUGGGAAAGCAGGAGAGUUUGGUGCCCUAAAGGAAGGCUAUAUGUUUGAGUGUUCAACCGGUCUCUCAAGAAUGCUUCUCAGCUCACCAACAUGUCCAGUACUUGAUACUUUAGGGAAGAAACUCUCUUUCGAGAUAGCAGUUGGCUUGAAUGGACGUGCUUGGGUCAAUGCCUCGUCUCCAUCUACAACUAUCAUUGUAGCUAAUGCGCUCAUAAACUCAGAGACAUUGAGUGGUGUCCAACAGAAAAUAAUGGCUGAAAAGCUGCUGCAGAGAGCCCAGUGAUCAAGUUAAUUGCAAGCGCAUAAUUUUCAAUCUGGUUCUUUGUGAUGCUAUGUUGGAAAUGUCUUGUGACAUUUUCAACUCAUCAAGUGCAUAUUUUUGUCUUCCCAAAUACCAGCCCAUCUGCAGGGCAAGGGCAGCAUAUGAUACUACAACCACUAACUAAAUGCACAAAUGAUUUUCAACUCAUUGGCUGUUCAAUUCAAGUUACAUGACAUUUGACAUUUAGAUAAAAUGAUGCUUCAUGUAUUAUCUAUUAGUAGGAGUUUAAUUUUCCAUAUUUAUUAGAAAAUGUUAUUUGUUUUGUUCAUUCAUAGAAAUACAAUGUUUGUCUAAUUUAAAAUGCGAUGAUAUGAUAUUCUUA